CAUCUGCUGCUACUUUCUCUUCCUCGUCCGAAUUUGUGUUUGUCCACUGCACAGUUGCGACAUCUCCAUCUCCAACCCCACCUCCCCCUCUCUCUUGCAUCUGCAGCAGUCACUAGGUUAGAGCCAUGGAAAGAUUAGAUUAGAUUAGGAGGAGGAAUCGAUCCCUAUCCAUCUAUUGUCCAUGCACCAGUAAACCAAGUAGAAGGUGAAAAAAAGAGGAAGAGAGCCAAGAGAAAAUAGGGAGAGAGAGAGAGAGAGAAUAGGAAGACAUGAGCAGCGGCUGACACCACGGACAGCCGCCUGCACCAGCAUCCGCAUCCGCAUCAGCUGCGACCAAGAUCGAAAAUAAUUAAGAAGAUCCGAGACCGAGACCGAGACCGAGUCCGAGGAGAGGGGGGGGGGGGGGGGGUGCGACGAAAAUAUCGCCGCAGAAAGGAGGCUGUUGACGGCUCGGAAAAUUGUUCCCUUUUUCCUGUUUAUUCGCCUCCUGGCUGGAGGUUCUUGGCGACAAAGAUGGCUGCUUUAGUGGAUUUGGAUCUCAACUGCCGUCCGCCGUCGCCGGAGCCCGCCGCGCCGGAGGAGCCCCCGCUGGCAAUGCUCCGUCAAGAGCAGCCCUUCCCUGAUGAGAUGAAGGACCUGUAUGGUUCCUUCUGGAAGCAAUCCAGUGGUACACCAAGUAGCCUGCAUUCCACUCAUGAGCAUAAGCUGAUGAGUUUGGGUGAGAGAAGCAGUUCGAAUACACAUGUUUCCAGCAACUCUACUAAGCGCAAAACGCACUCCGAUGUUAUGGAACAGGACUUGGACGUUAGAAGUUCAAUCCGGAUAAAGCCUAAUGUGGAUGUGAGGGAGGAGCGCGCUUGUCACAAUGUGAUUGAUUUGGAGAAGCCAGCGACAUCCGAUGAUGUGGUGGAAACUGUUGCUUGCUCUGGUUUCAGCAACCUUGCCAACCACAUGGGUAGGUCUCAGGAUGGUUCCUGCUGUAUUUCGCCGGAGAACAGCUCACUUGCAGAAUCUGGUCCGUUGUGUAGAGGACCAAAUUCCUCCCAUGUGAGCCCUGGUUCAGUUGGAUCUAGUGAGACUCCAGACUGCCAAUCCCCUAUCAAACCAAGUAAUACUGAAUCAAGACACUCACUUAUCGACCUGAAUGAACCUCAAGAAGAAAGCCUUCAUGUUUUCUGUAUGCCUUCUCAAGAAAUGUAUUCUCCUUCGUUUCAUUCUUCCUCACCAUAUCCUGGAGAUUUUUCGAAAAUCUCCAGACAAGUUUUCCGAAAAGAAUGUGGCUCUAGUAUCCAAUCACUGAAAGAAUCUUCCAUCACGAUGAUUGCGCCCAGCUCUGCUGCAGAAGGUUCAACGGACGUGACAGCCGUAUGCUCAAUUCAACGGAAAGGCCUUAUUGACCUAAACGUGCCGCUUGAAAGCAUUGAUAUGCCGUCAGAAAUAAUCAGCAAUUGCAGGGAUAAGGCUGCAACUAAUGAUGGAAGUAAAGCAACUGUAUCCUAUCAUUUGUACUCCAAGAUAAACAGCCUCCAAGCAGAAACUCUCAGGGAACAAAUGAUUGUCGUUAACGAUCAUAUGUUGGCAAGAAAGGAUGAGAAUAACAUGCUUCUCCCGGUCUCAGCAACUAAUGGUAUCAAUAAGGCUCAGUCCGAACUUUUGAUUCCCGUAACUCUUGUUAAUGAUCACGUCCAUCCAAGACUUGGAGCAUCCUAUGAUGAACCAUCAAAUUCUCAGGUGACUGUUAGCAUGCUUCAUGCUGAGGCAGAAUGUUAUGACAAAGCUGCUUCAACUGCAGCUGAAACACUUCUUUCCAUUUUUUCGCAUAAUUCUGCAUGCGCUGCAGAUUGCCCAGGAAGCAAUGGUCAGAUAUUAGCUCAGGAUGGAAAUGACGAGCCUAAGUGUUUGUUGGAUUCUUUUGAAAAAAUCGUGCUGAAUCUAGAGGAGGUCAGAGAUGACAGGCAAUCCAUCCCUGUGAUACCGCCCAAUAAGGAUGGACCAUCCUGUGGGAUCAAGCUAAAGAGAGGAAGAGGGAUGAGAAAUUUUCAGAGGGAGAUAAUACCUGGACUUGUUUCUCUAGCGAGGCAGGAGAUAUGUGAUGACUUAGAUGCUAUGGGUUACGAGCCCAAGAAGACUCGAUCUAGGAAAACCCGCAGGGGUCCAGGUUCAUCUUCAUCUCGAUCAAGGCCGCGCAAGCGUGGCUCUGCUGCCAGGAACUGACGACCAAGAGCAUCAGCAUUCCAUGACAGGGUGCCAGAAGACAGGCAAUUCAGAACAUGAGAGCUCAUUCGAACCAUGUGAAUAUUCAUGUGUAUUGAGCCUAGUUUCAAACUCGGUUUGUAACUGGAUAUUCAGUUGGGAAUAUUCUUUUCUUUCCUUCUUUCCUCCCUCGGUCUCUUUGAAGUGAUCAGGCUGUUAGAUUGGAGCUUUUUUUCUUGUUUAUAUUUUACUAAUGAAGGCAUAAUCAUAGUGUCGUAAUGGUCAGUCUCAAAAGCUAGCCUUUUCUACCUAGAUCAGAGAGUCCUGGAAGGCUAGAUGUUUGUAUUCUGGUGAUAAAAUAGCAAAUUCUCUUGAAUUAUACCUUGGAUUAGUGAGAA